AUGGACACCAAUGGAAACUGUAGCCAUCCGAUCCGUUUAACUCUGCGCAUACACACACUGUUGGAGAGCAAGACGAACGAAGUAGUCUGGAAUACCGUCUCUGCACAAAUAUUGACUUUGCCGGCCAAUUUUGUAGCAACUUCUAUCGGUCGUUCAGCCAUUCCAAGUAUUCUGCUUUGGCCUGUCUGUUGUCCUGGUGAAGCAAACCGCCAACACCCUCCUCACUGUCUUGUCCCCCAGUUUCAACGACCCCUGACUUGUCUCCAGUCUGCUCCGCCUCUCGACCUGCUACAACACAGUUUCUCCCCGUCGCCAAGACCCUUUCUCUCUCAGCUCAACCCACCCCAAUUCACCUGCUUCGACUUCGCCUCUUCACCUGGCAGCUUUUCAUUGCCCGUCUCCUUUUUCUCCUUCUCGGUCGACGACCACUCGAAGGUCUAA